AUGGAUUUUAUACUUUCUUUGACGCAUUUCUGCGAGGUGCAUGGUCCAACCUCCAUCAUCUGCUCGCAGGUCCUCCCCUUCUCCUGCCAGCAAUGCUAUCCCGAGACAUCCGAUUAUUCUCCCACUGAUACCCCUGCCACCUCCCACGACACCGUCUCCUCCCAAGGCCUGCAGAGUCGAGCAAACAGCAAGCCCCCUUCGUCCUCGAAAUCAUCCGAAAGGCGUCCGGAAGCCGGCGACCGGUCGCCUCGGAUUGAAGACCAUCCGUAUUUUUUGAAGAGCCAGGCCACACCCACCGAGGGUCAGCAGACUUCUGGCCACCUGGGAGGCACGGAGGGCGAAACCUGUGCCAGCUGCAGUUUGACGCUACCAGAAGAUGUAAGCAAACAACUACCGCCGGGGGCGCCGGGGACUGCCAAGAGCGAUGGCAAGGGUCGGAAUGGCAGUCCGGUCCUGCGGUCCCGCCAGGUUGUUUACACCUGCGGCAAUGGUCACGCUGAUCACGAAGAUGGCGGACACGACCCGCACAAUUAUUCGUCCUAUCCGGAAUCUCUCCAUUCGUCCUCUGUUGCGUCAGAUGUCUCUUGCCACACUCACAUCCUCACAUACUUGUCCCUGCGUGGACCUCCGAACCCUACCGAUUACGCCAUACUUCGUCGCUCCUCUAUCCGGACCCUGAGUUGUGAGCUCUUGCCACGCGGGCUUUCUUCCGGACCCUUGAGUUUCGGCGACGGGAUCGCUGGCUAUACCAUUGCGUUCAUCUUCCGCCUCCCUGAUCCCAUGGCACGUGGCAAACGGCGCAGCUACGCGUUCCUCGCCUUGGCCGGCCGGGAUGCCGGCAGGGCAUUUCGGGCUUCUCCUGUGAUUUGGCGUUGUUUUGGACGCAUUGCGGCUGGCAUGGCAAACUCGGCGGAAAGGUUUCAGGAGGAAGAGAAACGUCGGGAAGAGCAGAACAAGGGACCUGAUCGAGAUGGCAACAAGCCAUACACUCCUGUCUCUUCGUUCCUUACUGGACGUGCUCUGGACCCGGCCAGUCAACUCCGCCGCCCUGGUCCGGUCCGUGCCAGAAACCUGUCCGAGAUCGUGGGCAACCAAUACAUUUUCGCAGAAAUCCACGCCAAUUUCGUGGCCCUUCUCCAACAGCUGGGUAGUAUGUUCGGCACCUUCCCUGUCUCGGAAGAGCAAAUUAUUAGCACCAUCCGCGAAGAGGAGGGUGUUUCUGCAGCGAGACGGCAGUCUACCUCUACGGCAGGUGGGAAAGAGAAGUCUCGGCGCAAAGCCUCCCAGCAAUACGAUGAUAAUGAUUUGGGAAUGUCGACCUUGAACUUGUCUUCGGCUUCCGGGCCAAAACCCAUCCCGAUUACCCCCCGUCGCUCUGUCAUCGCUUGA